AUGAGUCAUGUCUUUUCAGAGCUGCAUAAAACCUCCAUUACCAGAGCUUCAGUUGAGGAACUGAUAUUUGGAGUAACAUUCGUGACAGCCUUUGGAUUAUUACAACUACCUUACCAGAAAAUAGAUGGAAACCCAGUUCCAACCAUCAUUUUUAAGAACCACCCUUCUUCUUUUCAUGCAUUUCUUCUAGCUCUCAAUUUUGCCUUCACCGGGGCCGUACUAACAGUCUCUCUGCGUGCAGGGUAUCCCAAGACAGCUAGUUAUUGUCGUCAACUUGCUGUUGUUUGUGUAACAGCAGCUGCAGGCAUAUUCUUCUGGUCACUUUUAUUAUCAGCAUUAAAUACUUGCGCCGGCACAAAGCCGGCAAUGCUUGGAAGGUUAAAGAAUGACAACUUGCACAAAGUGCUUCGAGAUGAAGCCCUCUCAUCUCAUUGGUUUGAUGACAUAGUGCACGGCAGAGAAGUUUCCUAG